GAAAAUUGAUUAUCAUGAAAUGGUAUCUUAAUUGCGUUAAGGAAUUAAAUAAAGGUAUAAAAUUCACUUAAACUUUAAGCUUUCAAUCUAGAUUAUAUUGUAGUAUUGAACUAUAAAAUGUUUAUAAUGGAACUCAACUACUGGCUAGAAUAGUUUAUUAUGGAGAAAUAUCAUAAAUUACUUAAAAUCAAUAACUAAGUUACUUGUAUGAAUGUAUAUCAAAAAAUAUGAAAAAGACUUAUAAAUAUAAAAAAUUUAUAAAAGAUCUAAAAAAUUAAGUUGGAAUAAUGAAAUUAGUAGAUUUAUUUGCUCUUUAUGGUUUACUUAACAAUUAAUCUGAAGAAUAUUUUACUCGAUUUUAUAUAUAAAUGAAAUCAAUUUACUUUUAGAACUUCAAAUCUUCUAUUUAUAAAUUUUAGAAAGAUUAAAGUAAUAAAUCAGAGACAGAAUCAGAAAAUGAAGAUCCUGUACCUUUAGUGUAAUAUGGAAGUUCUAUUAUGUUUUAAGAAAUCAAACCAUAUAGUAAGAGUUUUUCCACUAAUGAUAAUAAAUCUGAGUAUGUCCAUUUUUAUUCUUAAAAUAACUAAAAUAAUAAUAAUAAGUAUACAGAAGAAUAAAAAGUAGAAUUAUUGGAAUCUAGCAUCUACAAAUGAU